AUGCCGCCUAGGCUGGCGUCUAAAGUUGGCCGUGCCGGCCGCCGAGGGAUGACGUCGGCGGGCAUCACGCGGCGUAGAAGCGGCCCAACGCCUGGCGAGAUUGUCGCCGCCACCUUCGCCAACGUUGAGUUGAGCUUCACGAAGGCCUCUAUGGCCGAGUACUCGAAACGCUGUGAAAGAAUGUCACGGGAGAACGAGUUGCUGCGGCAUCAGCUAGAGGAGCAUGAGUCUGACUCCAUCAAGGUGGUGCAGCACCUCAAGGAGAAACUUCAGUGCGCGGAGAAGGAAGUGACGGAGCAGCGGAGUGAGAUUGAGCGGCUGCUCGCGGAGAGUGCGGAUGCGGAAGAGGAUCUGCGAUGCCAGUACGAGCGUAUAUUAGAGGAGCGCGAUGAGCAGAUUGUGCAGUACGCCACCAUUGUUCAGCGGCUGCAGUCAGACCUGAAGGGAGCCGCCCAGCAUGUGCAUAAGCGGGAGAUCCAUCAGCUUGAGCUGAAGCGGCUACAUGACGAGAUUGAAGAAAUGCGGACACGUCACGACUGUGAACUUGCCGCGCUGCGUUUUCAGACCGUCGACCGUAAGAUGCGGCUUGUGGCGCUGGAAGAGACGAUGCGGGAGAGGUUUCAGGCGCAGGUGGAGAAGGAGUCAGAGAGGCUGCUGGAAGCAAAGUCCAAGGCGCUGCUAGAAGACCAUGAGUCACUGCAGUGCGAGCGGGUUCGGCUCACACAAGACCUGGAGGAACUCGUGCAGCUUGCAACGGUGAAGAACAUGGAGUGUGCCGACGUACGGCGGAAGGGGGAGUUACACCAGCGUGCCUGCGAGGAGGCACUGCGACGCAUCGUGCUAGGCAAUCGUCGUGCACGGGAUUCUGAGGCAAAAACGCAACGACUGGAGCGGCGUGUGAAGGAGUUGCUGCGGGAGAAGAAUGCGAUGCGUGAAGAGCUUUCGCGCCGGUACGAGACGCAGAUCCAUGAACUAGAGAAGGCACUUGCCGAGACACAGAACUCGCUACAGUGCCACCGCAACGAGCUGCAGCGCCUGCGCCACAUCGCAUCGACCAUCGUGGGUCAGCGAUCCGAUCUUGAGAGGUUUUUUUACGUGGCGCUCGACGAUGUGCGACGGAUGCGCUCAAAGGCGCCCCGGCGGCAACAGGUGGCAUCGCCGGUGCAGCUGCCCUCUCUUCUCGCCACCGAGAACAACGGCAACGUUGCCCACAAUGGGGCCAACCCACGCCACUCACAGCAGCAACAACAGCAACAGGCCCCACCGCUGAUUUUGGAGGCUUUGCCCUCCUCUUUGGCGACGAAAGGCGGCCCCACAUUUUUAACUGAAUCCCCGGCGAGUGCGAAGGGCAAUUUUAACACGCCCACCGCGUCGACCGUCAAUACCGUGCCGCCAUCCAUACCCGCCCUCUCUCCAACGGGGCCCUCUUCUUCUGUGCCUCUGCCGUCACCGCCCCCUGGCGCGGCACCGGGGCGUCGGUGUGGCGGCAGUGCAAGGCCGACGCGAGAUGCCGGUAAUAACAACAACAACGUUCUGCUUAUAAAUCUCGGUGAAAACGGCGAGGGGGCGUACCUGAACGACUUGUCGUGGGAAGACAAGGAAAAGAUUAUUAAGGCGCUUCUCUUCUUUAUCAAUCAGACGUGUUACCAGAAGUUGCCAGGAAGUCAGCCGGUGAACAGUGAGGCGACGCUCAUGGAGACUUAG